AUGGCCGUACAAGACAAUACAGUAAAACAACGAAAGAAAGAAGCGUCUAAAACCAAGUUUCAAAAAACAAAUGCUGAAGAGUCGAAGACAGAACGAAGCGAAUCUAAUUUUGGGACAUCGAACUUUCGGACUAACUUUUUGUAUUUCGUGUAUAUUACUGCGUUUCUGGCUGUUAUUUUCUUCUUGUCCUGGUUCAUUUUGUGCAGUACACUUUGUAAAGGACUCUCGUUUUGCAGUAGAGAGUUUUUGACGAGUUUUCUACGGCGCGAGGGAAAUUUAAAUGACAGUAUUGAAGCAACUUUAACUUUGGAGCCGCGUGUCCCGCCAAAAGAUGAUAGUUUGCUAUGGCUCAUCGAACGGCGUUCAAAUUUAAGUUUAAGCGAAUUUAUAGAGAAAUAUGAUGGCAAAAG